UUCCCUUCUUAACUCUAUAGUCUAUACCCUUUCCCUAUCUUCCUCAAUUUUUGUUCUUCUGAUUCUCUGUGUGUAUAAAUUGCAGAGCUGUGAGUUGUUGAUCCAGUGUUGAAAUUGCUGCAAUGGAGUCUCGGAAAGUCGUCGGUUUCGUUGGUUUGUAUGAAUUGGGAUUGCAGAUGGCGUCGUUGCUCGUUCGCCAUGGCUACGCUGUUCAAGCUUUCGAGAUAGGUGAUCCCAUCUUAGAAGAACUCGUGAAGCUUGGAGGAACUAGGUGCGCAAGCCCUUUGGAAGCAGGGAGAGGUGUAGCAGCUUUAGUUGUCCUAAUAUCUCAUGUGGAUCAAAUUAAUGAUCUGAUUUUUGGUGACGAGGGUGCUUUGAAAGGUCUAAAGCCAGAUACAGUCCUUAUUCUUCGUUCAACCAUAUCACCAUCAGUUAUCCAAAAACUGGAGAAGGAUCUUGAAGAAAUUCAUGAGAUAGCUUAUGUGAGUUAUGUCGUUGACGCAUAGAGGUCUGAUGCUUUGGUUGGAAAAGUCACCAUUGCAUCAUCUGGAAGAUCAGAUGCCAUUGCAAGACAAGGUUAAAAUGGUUGCUGAGAUGCUGGAAGGAAUUCAUUUCAUUGCUUCAGUGGAGGCAGUCUCUCUUGGUGCAAAAGCUGGAAUUCAUCCAUGGAUAGUCUAUGAUAUAAUUUCCAAUGCUGCUGGAAAUUCGUGGAUAUUCAAGAACAAUAUUCCUCUGUUGUUAAAGGGAGAGGUUAAACAUCAAAUUCUAAACAGUUUUGCUAAGGAGUUGGAAAUCAUUUUGGAUAUGGCCAAGUCACUAACUUUUCCACUUCCACUGUUGGCUGCUACUCAUCAACAACUUAUUCACGGGGUUUCACAUGUUUGUUAUAAUGAUGAUGAUGAUCCAGCAUUAAUUAAGGUUUGGGAAAAGGUUUAUGGGGUGAAAAUUUCAGAUGCUGCAACUGCAGAUGCAUAUAACCCUGAACAACUGGCAUCUGAAUUCACUACUGAUUCUAAGACUGUGAGACGCAUUGGUUUUAUUGGCCUUGGAGCUAUGGGAUUUGGCAUGGCAACUCAUUUGGUGAAAUCAAAUUUCUGUGUUGUUGGUUAUGAUGUGUAUGAACCAACUCUAGUUCGAUUUGCAAAUGCUGGUGGCUUGGUUGGAAAUUCUCCAGCAGAAGUGAGUAAAGGUGUAUGAACCAACUCUAGUUCGAUUUGCAAAUGCUGGUGGCUUGGUUGGAAAUUCUCCAGCAGAAGUGAGUAAAGCUUCAGGGGUUCUGAUACCCGCUAUGACUUUACCGGCAAUCUCUACAAAGCUCUCUAUGGUAAGGGAAUUCACACUUUUAUUGAUGACAAGGAGCUUCACAAAGGGGACGAAAUCACACCAUUACUUGAGAAGGCCAU